GAACUGGACAGCCGCCAGUCUUGCGAGAGCCGCGCGCGAGAGCGGACGUCGCUCGUUAUACGCCGAUGCGGUGCCACGUGAGGGAAAAGCCAGGAGGAAAACUUGUUCGCGCGCAACUCCGGGAUAUGUAACAUUUUCUUCCCGUUUCUUCCCUCUCGUUGUGGACUUGCGUUAUCGCGUCGAGCGACAGAAAUGAUGUGCAUCGCACCGGAACUGUGGCGGAAUUAAACGAGCGAGAUCGAAGUACAUGGGACGUAUCUAAUAAGUCAUCGGAUUUAAUUUUGUCGAGAAAAAUACGGGAAAUCGAUCUGUGCUGAUCUUCUCGCGGAUCUUCGACGCAGGACAAAACGAAAAAAAAAAUUGAAAAAUCAAACGAAACGUCAAACGAAAAAGAACUGAAACAUAAAUCAAAAUUUCCAACGAAUGUGAUUCUAUUUGCUACUUUUGUUAAUGAAUAACAUUAUUGUAAUAUAAAUAAAAAAUCAAUAUUUUCUAUUAGAAGAUUCUAAAAAUACAAGGAUAAAUACGGAACUAUUAAUAUAAAAAAUUCUCAGAAAUUCAGAGAAAUAAUCAAAUACAAUUACAGAAUCAUAACAUUUAAGUGUGUCAAGUAAAAGGAAUCUUUUCAUUAAAUAACAAUACAAAUCGAAUAAUGAGUCAACAACAAAAUUACAUACUUCCAUCGAACGAAAUAUGUGGUAACCGCAUUUAUUACAUCGCUAAUUGCAUUUAUUAAAUUUUUAAUCGGGACCACACUUAUAUGAGAAUUAUGACUGUUUUAUGAAAUUAAGUACGUUCUCAAACGUUCUCAAGCAGAGCUUAAAAAUAAAACGAAAAAAAAGAAAACGAAGAAUUUCCAAAGGACGGAAGGUUAUUCGAGAUAUCCCCAUUGAGACUUCCGGUAUCUCAUGUAGGAUAUUCUCAAAAGGUUUACGCUGACAGACCUUGAAAGUACUUCCGCGUGAGGUGUGAAUAUAGCUAUUAUGAAAUCCCUGAAGAGAUUGAGCGUUUAGAGUUGCCGCGCGGAUAAAACUUCCAUUACACCUGAGACGAAACCAAUUCUUCAUAAGGGUAACCCGGAAGGAUCUUCGCAAUAUCUCGCGCGCACCUUUACUCCAUCAAAAGUUUCACCCCUUGCGGCAACUCCCGUGAAAAUCAGAAUCGCGGAAAUCCUGUUCGCGAACAACUUGAAAAAAGUACAUAUUUCUUAUACGUAAAAUAAAAAAUUAUUUUCCAUCGAGAAAAUAUAAAUCUUAUCGGUGAAGAUACUCUUCUUGAGACUUGAGAGAAAAACUUUUAUAAACUGUGCAAAAUAUUAUCUCUCUCUCUCUCUCUCUAGAAUCUCUAUCAAUAUUAUCGUCAAAGAAGUUAUUUGCGUCGAACUUUCAAGAAGCAUUACGAGCAUCAAAUUAUUACCAAGUCUUUAAUUCUCUGGAGACUAAUUUUCAAUUUCCCGAUUUUUUAUUUUACAAGAAACAUCUGAUAGAUUUAUUUCGAAAAAUCUGCAAUAGUAGGCUCCUCCAAUAGUAGAGGGAAUCCCAUCGUACAUUGCGAGAUGCACCGGAUACGGAAGAGUUUCCAGAAGACGAGUGAGAAGUUCUGGGAAUCUUAAGCAGCGACAAAAAGGACGGAAGAGGCAAAGAAGAAUCACGAAAGCGAAGGAGGAAAAGAGGCAAGAAUUGCAAAUAACAAGUAGAGACGAGGAAACGUUUCAGGAAUGCCGUGGAUAAAAUGUUUGGGUGGUGGAGGCGGAAAGGCCAGGAGGGGCAAGCCACUCAGCGUCAGUCAACCGAUCCACCUGCUCGUCAAGAGCGAUUUUGAACCGCAGUGCCACGUGUUCCGCACCAAGCAAUUGCGCAAGCCCAGACCAUGUCAUUUGUGCCACCAGGCGGUGAUCAAGCAAGCCUCCUGCUGCAGAGUGUGCAAGUACAUUUGCCAUAAGACAUGCGAGGACAAGGGCGCGCGGUUCCGAGACACCUCGCAACAAAUUCAUAAACAAUGGCAAGCCGAUCCAGCGAGGGCAUUUCCGACUGUCGGCAGUGUCACCACAAAUUCGCCCUCUCCAGCAUCAGGAGAACUCUCCACGUCAAAUUCGACUCCCAGCCCUAGUCCUAGUCCGACUAAUCAGCAAGUCACGCACAAUGGUGGUUACGAAUCACAACCGAAAAACGUUAACAACAUCGGACGAAACAAGCAGCAUGUGCAGACGUCAGCGUUGGCGUCAACGCCUGCGAGGACACCGGGCGUCGGCGCGGAUUCGACGAUGACGGGAUCGGGAAAGGGCGGAGGUCGCGUGACGGAGGUAAUGGAGCUCUGUUACGUCACCGAGAGGAUCAUCGCUCUUUGGUAUAGGGAGGAUGCGCAGGGUGUCCUCGAACAUGCCACGACUCUUCUGCGCGGAAAACACGCCGAUAAUUAUAUGAUCUUUAAUUUAUCGUCACCUGGUCGAUCCGGUGAACCGAAUACAAGGGAAGCUGGAUGGCCACAGGGAUUAGCACCAAGUUUGGAGAGACUGUGCGCCCUUUGCAAGGAACUGGACUCUUGGUUAAACGGCGCUUCUAAUCGCGUCGUCGUUCUGCAUGCCAGGGGCAGCAAGGAGCGGCUGGGUGUGGCAGUGUCCGCUUAUAUGAACUACAGCAGCAUCUGCGGGGGACGCGAUCAAGCCCUGGACAGGUUCGCCAUGAGAAGGUUCCUCGAUGACAAGAUUGGAUCAUUGCAGGUUCCGUCGCACCGUAGAUACAUCGAGUAUUUCAGUGGAUUGCUAUCGGGCUCCCUAAGGAUCAGCCAGUCGCCAUUGUACUUGACCCACCUAACAGUUCUCGGAGUGCCGCUCUUUGAACCGACAGGCUGUCGAGCCUUCCUCAAAGUAUACGAAGGACUAACACCAGUUUACACAUCGGAUCUGUAUUCGGUGACUAACGCCCGUGAAUUCACAGUUAAUCUAGGCGGACUUCGACUGAGAGGCGACAUCUUAGUCAAGUGCUAUCACAGGGUAUAUUCGAAGCAAACUCGAGAGGUCAUGUUUUCCCUCCAGUUCCACACAUGCGUAAUUACGGAGAAUGUCGUGUCCUUCCCGCGAUCGGAGCUCGACAUCGCCUGUGAGGAUCCCCGAUGCCCGCCCGACAGUGUGGUAACACUCUACUUCGCCACCGAUAUGAAACGCCAGGAUGGACCAGUGCCGGCACCGACGCCAGCUGUGCCGCAUGCAUCGGCGCAUCACGAUCCCAUCUUGCACUGGGACAGCUAUACGAAUCUCGAGAUCAGCGACGACGAAGGCCGUGAGACUCCACUGUCACCGCCGCCCCCUUCGAGUUCUUCGGUUCAGACUUCACCUCGUGGCUUGGGUUACACGUGUGGUCCCAUAGAUGGAUCGUUGUACGCUGUGGUACAUCAGGGUGGUGCAGGAGGCGCCCGCGGCUCGCCAUUGACGGUUUCCAUGGAUAGUGGCAUAAGUAGUGCACCACCGCAAAAACCCAGUCCACCAGAACCUGAGCCGGACAAUCAAGCUCACGGAGAUCUCGAUAAACUUCUUCAUGAUAUGAUGCUUACCGUCGAGUCUAUGCCAGACCCUCCGACAGAUGACUACAACCGUGAUCGAAGCGAAAAGAUGUACAUUCAAGAAACACGCAGCUAUAGCAGUCACGGUAGCAGCCAUCCGACGUCUACUUAUUCUACUUUGAAGGACUCUUAUAGAAGUUACAGCAAGGAAUCCAGUCCGCCCUACAAUUCCAGCAGCAGCUACAGCACCCUAAAGAACAGUAUCGAGCAUCGGAGGGACGAUUUUGAGUAUCGUGUGUCUCCAGACCGCAAGAUAUCCGAGUCUUCCGAUUCUUAUAGGAAACACGCGGAUUCCUUCUCGCCGCCCGGCAAUAUCGACUUCAUCGACGAGGAUAUCCCGUAUCACGCUAGACAGACCAGUCAGCCAUUCUCGUACGGUGCCACCACCGACAUGAUCAAGCAUCAGAAACUGUCAUCACCUUCAUUAGUGAGGAAAGCAUCUGUGCGCGGCGUGGCGCCCGUCGUAGAUUUCGAAGACAUUCUUGGCGAGAAUUCUAGAAGACCCAUCAGCCCUCUGAGUCCUAAUACUCCGGAUCCGCCCCCGGAGUUCGCGAACGGACCCGUAAAGAGUGGAACCGAUCACAUUGAUGGAUUAUCGUGGCUAAGGCAACAACAGUUGAAACUAGCCGCUAGGAGAGAUGAAAGGAAUCCUGGCCGACUUUGGCGACAAGAGACCGGAAACCGUGUCAUCGGUGAACUUAGAAGCUUGCAAAGAGGAAUAUUGAGACACGAUGGUUACGCGAGUGACUCGGCGGUUCUCGACGACGAUGACGAUAUGUGGGCAGCGAGUUCCAUUUCUGGACAGCCAUCCUCGAAAGCUGUUCUGUACACCUCCGCACCAGCUAGUCCUCUACUUCCGCAGAGAUCGAGCAGCCGGAAAUAUAACGGCAGUGCCGGAAACGGAGUUCUCGGCAGACCGCGAGCGGAGAGCAUGAACGAACGACCAUUCGUCUCCGUAAAACGCGCUUACGAAUAUCGCAAAUAUAGUGACAGUCAGAGCCCUCCGACAUCCCCUCGCUCAGCCUUAGCGACCGCGCCACCCUUAGGGUUAGCGAGCCAACAAUCGAGUUCCAAUGGCACAGAGAAGCCGCAACAGCAUCAGCAUCAGCUUCAGCAGCAGCAACAGCCGCCGCCGCCGCCGCCUCCGCGACCGGAAUCGCGCAGCGAUAGCUUCGCGCGCGCGGAUGCCUUGUUGCGCGAGCAUCAUCGUCACCAACAGCUGCAAUCCGGCAUCAGCAGUAGCAGCGAUCAUAUUGAGCGAAAGCAAACGAUCACGACUCAGGAAUAUGCGACGCCGAGUCGGAGCGCGCGUCCUGAGUCGCGAAACCGUGUCGUCUAUCAAAGUGUCGGGAGUUACAGCUCGGCCAACAGCGGCGACCAGGUGGACGGCGGAUUAUUGACGAUGGUCGAUCAACCUGAUCCUCUCGUGAGCCUCAUUCAGUCAUUAGCCGAAAUCUCACCGAUUCGCACGUCUCCGAGCACGCCUAAAACCGAAAACGAGCAUCCUCCUGGCAGCCCCAUAAUCGCAGCCGCUACAAUACCUACCAGUGUACCUAGCAACGUCACUAAUUGCUCCCCUAAUCAAUCGCCAAAAGCAUGGCAGAAUUGCAUUCAGCCACACAAUGACUCGACGUCAUCGUGGACCGAGAGAAGCGUCAGUCCUGGAAGCGCGAUCAUCAGCGGCGCUUCGCGACCACAAACACCAGCAUUUCCGGUCCAUCCGCGAACGCCGUACGUCAAUAAUGCGUCACCAACGGUGACAUUCGCCAGUGAUCGCACUUACAUGACUUCCAACAACAGCUACAAUGUUAGCAACAAUAACAAUAAUGUUAGCAACGAGGCUGGCGGUAACAAUAACAAUAAUGUCGGGAACUACAGCGCCGAACGAACGAUAUACAUCGAAGAACGAAGAGAAGCCUCCAAGGAGACGGGGCUUCCACCCAAGAGUCCGACAACACAGCGACGCUUGAGUUUUCCGGCAAGCGGGCCGCUUAAACAAAUGCAUAACAAACGAUGGCCGCUCACUAACCAAUCGGCGUCGUUCGACUAUAGCAAGGACCGACCUGUUUCUCCGCUAAGCGAAUCGGCGAUGUCGCAGCCGCAGGCUGUUUCACGCAGUCCUGGAACACCGACCCACAUAGAAUUCGCCCAAAGCCCCAAAAGUGCUACGUCAUACACUUCAAUCAAUAGCGGUGGUCAAUCUUCACCGCAGGUUCAAUAUUAUGGUUCAAGACGCUCCAGCGUUCAUUCGAACACCGAACCCCAGGAGGUAGCCGACGCUAAUGUGAAAUUUGUACGCGACACCAGCAGAAUCUGGUAUAAGCCCAAUAUAUCGCGGGAGCAAGCAAUUUCAAUGCUGAAAGACGCGACACCCGGGACAUUCGUGGUACGAGACAGCAAUUCGUUCCCAGGUGCUUUCGGGUUAGCAUUGAAAGUGGCAACGCCACCCCCUGGCGCGCCCAGCAGUCCGCGAGAUCCUUCGAGCGAACUUGUCAGACACUUCCUGAUCGAGCCAACAUCACGUGGCGUUAGACUAAAGGGAUGCGCAAACGAACCGGUCUUUAGUUCACUUUCGGCAUUGGUUUACCAGCAUAGUCUAAUGGCCAUGGCGUUACCUUGUCAACUGUUGUUACCCGAACCGGAAGCAGCCGCUAGAGCUUUGGAUUCACCUGGUACUAAUAGUACUCAACAGCUUCUUGCUCAAGGAGCAGCUUGUAAUGUUCUGUACCUCUUUACGAUUGAUACGGAAUCUUUGACCGGACCGCAAGCCAUUAAAAAAGCUAUCACCAGCCUGUUUGAGCAGAAGCCACUUCCGAUUGCGACAAUUGUUCAUUUUAAGGUUUCCACGCAGGGCAUUACUUUGACUGACAAUGCUAGGAAGCUAUUUUUCCGUAGACAUUAUCCAACAAAUAAUAUAAGUUAUUGCGGAUUAGACACCGAAGAACGCACGUGGGAAUUUGCUAGUGAAGAUACCGGAAGAUCACUUAGCGCUCAUCGCUGCUUCGGUUUUGUGGCAAGAAAGCCUGCUCAUAAAUCGGACAAUCAGUGCCACGUAUUUGCCGAACUGGAACCAGAGCAACCGGCCACGGCUAUUGUAAAUUUCGUGAAUAAAGUCAUGAUGGGAAGUUCCAUUGCCAAGGCUAAUAUCGUCUAAGAAUCGCAAUUUGCUCGCCGCAAUCGCCAAGAUCAAGGAGCACAAAUAUUAUUGUGAACUUAUUAGCGAUUCCACCUCGAAUAUUUCACAUCGAUUACAUAUCUCUAACGCAAAAAAUGUAAAAUCGAGUUGAGGGCAAAAAGUCGAGAAUGAAUAAUCGAUAUAAUCGAUUAAUAAAAUCGUUAUACCUCUGACACGCGAAAGAUGCGCGCGAAUCUUUUGAAAGAAUCCGCCGAAAAAUGGCAUCGCACGAAUUAAUUAUUAUCGUUAACCACUACGUAAUAAAUCUUCGUGCAUUAGCGUUAAUCAGUAGACAUCUAUGUUACAAAUAAUAAGGACGAUAUAAGUAUCGAUAAAACGCCGGGAAAAAGUCGAGGACCCUCUCUCCGAAAAAAAAUACGAAAAGAACGAGAGGCUAUGCAUGAAUCGAUUCCAUCCUCGCGUCAAUAUGCAGUCAGGAUAAGAAAGUUAUUGUUAUAAUUAGCGUUAUUGUUGCGAUUUAACAUAGCGAAUAGUAAAGUCCUAUAUAGUGGGUGGUCUAAAGAGAGUAAGGUGGUCAAAUAACAACGUUAAUACAGUUUGAUUUUUAAAUUCUUUCUAAAAAAAAGGCAUGUAGAUACUUGAAAAUCUUAAAGUUUAUAUUAUUGCUUCUUUUCUGCGAUGCUGAUUAGUUUGUUUGCUACGACUUGUUUCAUUUGUGUUAUUUGCGGCUAUCAAAUCAGCUAUCAAUUUUGACAAUUUGUGUGAAAUAAAACAAAGUUAUCAUUAAAUAUAUACAAUGAAAAAGAAUUUACGUUUUGUGUUAUUUUAGUAUUAAUAAAAUCUUGAUCAUUCUGUAACACCUUUUAAAACAUAAGGAAUAUUAUAAUAUUUAUCUAAUUAUUUCCUAUUUAGUAGUUAUCAAACUACAGCAAAUUUCGAAUUAUAUUUUUGCAAAAUAUAUUUAUUCAUAUAUACCUCAUUUGCAAAAUUUUUUAAGAUUUUUUUUUGCGAAAUUGUCGAGUUCGUGAUUUCGCCACCUUCUCCCGUCUAAAAUACGAUUGAUUAGCCAUCAAUACGCGAAUUUAUCGAUAGCUCGUAGUCAUAGUUGAAAAAAAUCAACCGUGCCCUUCGUGCGAUCUACGAAGGGUAUUGAGCAUUCAAAACGAGCGUAUUUCGCGUGACAUUGAAUGCGCCUUCGAUUUCAGAAACUAUUUACGCACUGUGCACGUACACUUACGCAUUGUUAUGCAUACUACAUACACAUAACACUAUACAUGGAAAAUAAUAAAAAUGCUCGCGCAUUAUUAUGCAAGUGAUUCCAAACAAUAUUAUUCAUAUGACUUAGUUUUUAAAAAAUUUUUUAAUUCUCUCUCCAUUUAUGUCCAAAGAAAUCCAUCAUAAUAGAAAUUGAUUUACUUUACAAUUAAAUGAGUUUUAAAAUAGAGAACGAAAUUUUAAGUAUUUCUUAAUUUUAGAAAAAUAUCUAGUAAAACUUGAAUGACGAAUAAAUUAUUAAAUAAUGUGCGAACAUUUUAAAUUUAUAAAUUAUCAUAUACUGGAGACUCUCGAGUAAUGUUUGACAGAGAAUGUUACGUCGUUUACAGAGGAUAUUAUACACAUACACAUUCACAUAUACGCAUAUAAGAAACCCCCGUGUCAUGCUCCCUCGAUGUAUGAAAGAACAAUGUCAUAAAUAACUGCAAAUAUGCCAUUGCGCGAAAUAAAAUCGCCUUAAAAAAAGGCCUUGAGGAGAACUGUCGUAGGCAGUCCUUGGAGAAAGCAAUGUUACAUUUAGGAUUCGUUCAAAGAUAACGCAGAUGAUUGGAAUGAGAGAUGCUACUCGGGAAGGAGUAUGCACGAGACGAGGCAAUAUCGCGCGUAUUCUUUCGGUGAACCCAUAGAUUUUCUUGCCAUUUCAGGCUCGUGUACCGUCGAGUGCCGGUCUUCGAAGAGCCCGCUCCGAUGGACACGACGAUGAGCAGUCAAUUAUUACGAUCGAAUCAAUUAUAUUGUAAUUACAACAAUAUGGCGACGCGAGAGGACUACCGGUGCUCACACCAGCCGGCCUUCCUCUCGACAUGUCGCCGAUUUUUUCGUCUACUUUUUCGUCUUCUAUUCUUCUAUUUUCGUCUUCCGAACGAAGAUCGGUUGAAGCAUUUUCCGCUCUUUGCGAAUUCCUUUGCGACUGAGGAAGGAAGGACUCAUAGUUAUGCAACGUGCUAGUCAAAAUUCGUGCUGUAUAUGCGAUGAUCAAGAAAUAGAUUAAUGUUGGAAGGGGGUCCUAAGAGUCCUUGGAUACGCUCGGUCUUUGAAUGGCGACAUGUGAGAUAUGUAUAUCACCUUGCGCUGAGGAUAGAUGUGUAAUAAAACAAUCUUAAAGGUGGUGAGAUUGAAACGACGCCUUGAAAUAUAUAAAGAUGAGUAGUCGUCGCCGAAGGGAUUAAGGAAACUCGCUUAAAAGAACCGAUCGUGUCUUCCUUUAUUGUUCUUUCUUCUCUUCGUCGCCCAUCUACGCUUUUUUCUCCGCCUAAAUUUUCUUUCGUACGCGUCUAAACCCGGCUAACAGCGUAACAUUAAUUUAACAUUCAGUCAUUAUAAUAAUAAUUAAUAAUAUUAUUAUUUGUUUAUGCUCUAUUAUACUCUCUGUAUGUUUAUGCAAUAAUUGUAUGUCUUGCGUGCUGUAUGAGUACGCGCGUAUAGUUGUAACAAUAAAUCAUAUUCACAGCGUU